AUUUGACUAUUAUUUAGAAAAACGAAAAUGCGACCGGAAAAGGGAGCUGAGUUUACCUUACACAUAUUUUCUUACUUCUUAACUGCUGAGAGGACUCUUGAUUAGUCUCCUACAUGGCGGCUAACAGCGAUUACCUCUUAACAUUUCAAGAAUUUGACAGUUCUGAGAGCCAUUUGGGAGGGAACGGAGAUGCGACUACCAUCAGUAUCGAGGACACAGGGGCAGGAAGUCAGAAACCUCAGAAACAGAGGAGAUCUGCACCGGUGACAUCCUUCGAAGAGGACAAUGACCCAUUGGCUAAUGACGACAAGACUGAGCUGUUGUCUGGGCAGAAGAGAAGUGCUCCUUUCUGGACCUUUGAAUAUUAUCAGAGAUUCUUUGACGUAGAGACACACCAGGUGAGAGCGAGAGUCCUGGGGUCAUUAUUGCCUUGGCCAGGGAAGAACUUUGUCCAUCUCUACAUCCGCAACAACCCUGACCUUUAUGGUCCCUUCUGGAUCUGUGCUACUCUGGUUUUUGUCAUCGCCAUCUGUGGAAACAUCUCUGACUUCCUGGUUUACCUGGGGAAUCCACAGUAUAAAUAUGUCCCAGAGUUCCGAAAAGUGACCAUUGCGGCCACGGCGAUCUACAGCUAUGCGUGGCUGGUUCCCCUGGCCCUGUGGGGCCUGUUGGUCUGGAGGAACUCCAAGGUUAUGAACAUAGUUUCCUACUCAUUCCUGGAGAUCGUCUGUGUUUACGGAUACUCCCUGGCCGUCUACAUACCUGCUGUGGUGUUGUGGAUCAUUCCGUACGAGGCCGUUCGGUGGUUUUCCAUUGUUGUGGCUCUCUGUCUCUCUGGUUCCAUCCUGGUCUUGACCUUCUGGCCCGCCGUCCGUGACGACCAGCCCCGGGUUGCCAUAGCGAUCAUGGCGGCCAUCAUGGCGCUCCACAUCCUCUUGGCGUUCGGUUGUAAGGCUUACUUCUUCAGUACGUUGGAGGUUGAACCCACUGAUGCUGUGGUGGGCCAUGGAACCAAGUCGUCUCCAACCAUGAAGAUGCAGAGAACUAAUACAAUGCCCUGAGCACCUUCACGGUCUAGCCCAUCCUGUGCCACCUUCACACACCAGCCCUCCGGUGGCAGCUCCCUGCCUCUCCCUCUCGCCUCUCCAGCGCUGCGGAGCCUUCCUCCUCUCCUGCGCUGCCGGAGUCUCCCGCCUGUUCAGCGCUGCCAGAGCAGUCAGCCUGCAUGGAGCAGCCUGAGCUGUCAGCCUGCAUGGAGCAGCCAGAGCCGCCAGUCAGCAUGGAGCAGCCAGAUCCGUCAGUCUGCCAGGAUCCGCAAGUCAGCCAGACUCUUCCAGAUCCGCCAGUCAGCCAGACUCUUCCAGAUCCGCCAGUCAGCCAGACUCUUCCAGAUCCGCCAGUCAGCCAGGAUCUGCCAGAACCGCCAGCCAGCCAGGAUCUGCCGGAUCCAACUACCUGCCUGAGCUCCCUCUCAGUGCUGAGCUUCCUCUCAGUACUGAGCUUCCCCUCAGUCCCGAGCUGUCCCUCAGUCCCGAGCUGCCCCUCGGUCAGUGGGUUUCUGGGUGAGGACUACUAGGCCAUGGUCGGCGGCGAGGGUGGACUAUCUUAGGACGCGAGGAGGAGGGACUAAGACAUUGAUAGAGUGGGGUCCACGUCCCGCGCCUGAGCCGCCACCAUGGACAGACGCCCUCCCGGACCCUUCUCUAUUGUUUUGAUGUGCGUCCGGGAGUCCGCACCUUAGGGGGGGUUCUGUCACGCCCUGGUCGAAGUAUAUUGUGUUUGUCUGCAUUUAUUUGAUCAGGCCAGGGUGUGACAUGGUUUUUUUGUGGUGUGUUUUGUCUUGGGGUUGUAUAGCAUAGUCUAUGGCUGCCAGAGGCGGUUCUCAAUCAGAGUCAGGUGAUUAUCGUUGUCUCUGAUUGUGAACCAUAUUUAGGCAGACAUAUUCUUUGAGUAUUUCGUGGGUGACUGUUCCUGUCUCUGUGUGUUGUCACCAGAUAGGCUGUGUAGGUUUUCACGUUCCGUUUGUUGUUUUUGUAUAGUUCGUUUUUUCAUUCCUCAUUGUCAGGACCCGGUUACGAACCUGGGUCUCCGGAGUGAGAAACAGUCACUUAACCAACUGAGCCACGAAUAGUCAGCAGAACCCAGAAGAUGAGGCAGACACAGCAGUACUUAAGACGGUGUAUUUAAUAAAGUAAAAAGGAGAAGUCCUUCAAUACAAAAUGGCAAAUCCAAAAGGUGGUAGGUAUAGCACAAAAAAGCCUCAAGAGAUACUCAAAAAACAAAAACAGAAUUCCACAAGAGCGUCCACCGGAAUCGACAAGAAUACACAGAACACUAGGGCUGGGUGCUAACAUACAAACACAGAGCACAGAACUGAGGGAAACUAAGGGUUUAAAUACAAUCAGGGGAAACGAGGCACAGGUGCAAAUAAUAAUGGGAAUCAAGGGAAAAAACAUAAGGUCAAAAAGCACAAUGGGGGCAUCUAGUGACCAAAACCCGGAACAACCCUGGCCAAAUCCUGACAUUCAUUAAACAUGUCUCAAACAUACCACGCUGCAUUUUGGUCCGCUUCUCUUCCACCAGACGAAAGCCAUUACAAACACAUCCGGCCAUAGUUGGAAGUCCCAUAGGGCGAUGCACAAUUGGCCCAGCUUCGUACGGGCUUGGCCGGGGUAGGCAUUCAUUGUAAAUAAAAAUUUGUUUUUAACUGACUUAAAGGUUACACACACACCACACUGGCCAAGAAGUUAUUUUGUUGACAUUUAUGUAUGUCCCCAUUACCAGUAAAACAUAAUCUUAACCUA